AUGGUUAAAUGGGCGUCCGUUAUUCGCCAGUCCUUCCAAGUCAAACCGGCAUUUGUCUGCAGUUCGUUUUGUGCUAUUGCUAGUCAAGUAGAGCGGCAACGUCAUUGGCCGACAAUCAUUAUCGACAGUGGAAAUGGCUUUCUGAAAGCGGGUAUCAGCCGAACAAAUGCUUUCCCAACAGUAAUUAGGCCUAGUAGCGACGACAUUUGGUUACGCAAGUUUUGGCUUGACGAAUCACCGCUGUACGAUGAGGGACAGAAAAGAGAGUCUAUCGUAUGCUUCGAGUCUUUAGAAAAGGUCGAUGUUAACUCUAGCGAAAUCGUAAUCAAAAUCAGUUUAAAGUUUGAAGUUUACAAUUCUUUGUGGAACAAUGCUCUAUCCACACUGAUGGUAGGUGUAACACAACACGAUGUCAUAAUCACUGAAAGUAAGUUGAAUGUUCGAAAAGACAGUGCAACGAUUGCACAAAUUAUAUUCGCAAAAUACGGUGCGCCAGGAUUGUGUAUCGGCAACGAAUCGGCUCUUUCUCUAUUCACGUAUCAUCAAAACACCAGCAUGGUUGUGGACUGCGGACACCUUGUUACUACAAUAGCAGUGAUCGAAAAGGGUCGACGUUGUCCAAUACCGAACACGAUACUAAACUAUUGCAGUGGAGAUUUGACCAUGCGUUUACUAUCAGAUUAA